UUAUCUUAGACGGUCAAACACGUUGACUAAUGGUCAAUACGCCACGUCACCGCCCAAUCAACAUAAAUAAACCUAAAUUCCAUAUCGUUCCUAAUUUCGAAUUUUUAUAUAAUUAAUUAAAAAUAAAAAUAUUUAAUAUGUAAAAAUUUGGACCAUACAAAUAUAUUAAAAAAAUUGCAAAUUUCUACCCAAAAAAACAAAAGAAAUAGCAAAAACAAAUAAUUUUCAGCCGUGAUGAGAGUGACGUGUAAAACAGACAAGACCGUUUGUUAUCGUGGGAAUUGUUUUGUGCUGAAUAAAUUCAGUAAAACUCCCAAGAGAAGAACCAUUUCUACUUGCAGAAGGGGUAAAAUAGCAACUUUCUCGUCACUUUCUCUCGCAGAUUCCCCCGAGAAAAUCACCAGCCGAUGUUGAGCUUCGACGGUACUAGAGGCUCUCUCCAUCGCCUUGAAAGCCAGCUAUCCAAUCCUCUCUCCCGUAGUCUGAUGUAGUCCUUCCUAGGUAAGCACCACUGUACUUCAUCAGUGAUCAUUUCUGUACUGCGAUUGAUUUGGGGGCGGGCUAGGUCGAGCUUCUUUGCGUCUCUCCCAAUGUUCUGUGCCUCCAACUCGGAAUUCCAGUUGCAUCCCAUUUCAGAUUUAGGGUUUUCAGCGCUGUUGUGGGAAUCGGUAGAGUGGAAUUGGGGUCGUGAUGAUGCCACCAAAGAGAAAGAAGUGGACGGAAGCAGAGGAGAAAACCCUAAUUGCCAAGUACGGCGAAAUGGUCUCCAAUGGUACCCUUGCCAAGAUGAAAACGCGGGAGAAGAAGUUCCGGCCGAUUGCCCUGUUUGUGAACUCGGUCCACCAUGCGCGCGAUCCGAUUGCCUAUCCCUGGCAGUGGACGUGGAAAGAUGUGUCCACUAAGGUCCAGAACAUGAGGCAUCAAUACUUGUUGGUCAAGCAGAAGGUGGUGAAGAAGCCCAACUUCUCCAUGGCUGUGGAUGGUGCUGAAGCUGGCAGUUGUGGUGUGGGAGAAUUUUCAGAGGGAGAUGAGUUUGACUGGGUGGAAGGCCUUACUCACUGGUCCAACUUCCUGCUCUACAAGGAAGUAUUUGGGGAUUUGCCCAUUUCUUAUGGAACUAAUGGGCAUGAGUUGAUGGGAGUGUUGAAUGAGGAUAGGGAGAACGGAGGAGGGAGAGGAAUGGGAGGUUUGUUGGGAGGUAGUAGGAGAGGGUUGGACAUUGUGGAGUUUGGUCAUUUGGGGAAUGCAGCUGAUGGAGAUUUCGGUGUGAUUGAUGGGACCGAGAACGGGGUGCUAGGGUUAGGAUUUGAUUAUGAAGGAGAAGAACAAGAUGAGCAGCAUUGCAAUGGCAUUGACCGGGUUAGGGAGGAUAGGGAUGUAGGUUUCAUUCACGAAGAAGUGGAAGUGACUGCUCCUAGUAAUAGUACGAGGAGGAAUAAGAGGAAGAAGAAGGGAUUGGAGAAGAGGCUGUUAAGUUUUCUCUCAACUCAAGUAGGGCAUUUGAGAGAAAUCGAGUCACGGUUUGAGCAGCGGGAAGCAGAAAGGGACCGGGAGAGGCAAAGAAGGGAUAUUCCACAAAUGGAGAGGCAGCAGGAGUUGGAAAGGAAAUUGGAAGAGAGGUUGAAGGAAACAGAAGAGAAGGAGAAAAAUAGGGAAAACUUGAGAAGGCAGAGAAUUCAAGAAUGGGAAGCAAUGGAGAAAGAGACCGAAGACAGGGAAAGAAGAAGAAGAGAUGAAGAGGUUCUGGAAGAGAGGGAGUGGCAGGAGAGGAUGACCAGGAGGAGGUUGGAAUGGAAGAAGAGGGUCGAUGGGAUGUUAAACCAGCACAGAGAAGAAAUGGGGCAGAUCCAGAGUCGGCUUCUUCACGAGCAGCAGAAUCUCACAAGCCAGUUGCUGGGGAUCGUUUCACAUUGGGGUGGUCAUCCAGCCGGUCUCUCGGACCACGCAGCGAGUGCUAACAACCAUUACCUUUCCCAGAUGAUGCAGAAUUUGCACCAUGUUAAUGGUAUGGUUCAUGGCGACACCAGAGUGGAUGGAGAUGCUCAAGAUGACCAAUUCAUUGUGGAUGGAUAAAUACAAUCCUACAUUCCACGAUCCCGUCUAUUGAGGAGCUGAGACAAAUUGUGUUGACGAAGUGUAAAAAACGAGUUGAGGCAGAGAGAGAGAAACUGAUGAUUUGUGAAAAUGCAACAAAUUGUUCUUGUUCAUGUACUAUUAUUGUAUUUGAUUAGAUAUGGUUGUAAAAAUCACUAUGUUUAGUGCGAGGUUUGUUAUAGCAUCUGUAUCCUUAGCCAUUUCCAUCUCCCAAUAAAGAAGCAGACUUUCUUUCGACUGGUGUUCAGAGUCCCCUUUUUUUGUCUGCCGCUUUCCUCCUACUCUAUGUGGCCUUGAAUCAGUCUUGGUUAGAAAUUACAACUUUUUUUUGGAUUGGUUUGCAUGUUGAAUUCGAAUGCUGAAUUGGAGCACCAAAUUCACUAGUAGAGGUUUACAAAUUCUGUGGGGCCAUAAUUUGGAAACGUUGAGGUUACUUGUGGAUUUGAAACUUAGUUGAUUUUAAUGUCUGUCAUUGUUAAUAUCCAUUUAGCUUGAUACACUAAUUAAGUUAAUUUAAAAAA